AUGCGCCGGCCGGACCUCCUCACCUUUGAGAUGUUGAGGCCUUCCUCCUCUGCCCUCCUCCGUACCCCUCCUCCGCCCUCUCCCCAGUCCUGCCUCUUUUACUUAAAGGCUCGCUACCUCUUUGACUUGAGGCCGGAUGACCCACAGAACAUGCAGUGCUACCUCUUUUACUGCUACCUGUUUGACUUCAGGCCGGAUGACCCACAGGACAUGGGAGUGGCUCUCAGAGUGCUGGCGCUGCAGCCUGUGCCUGGUGAGUUGUGUGCGACUUUUGAGAUGUCUCAAAAGUCGCUGCAGCCUGUGCCUGGUGAGUCGUGUGCGACUUUUGAGACGUCUCAAAAGGCGCUGCAGCCUGUGCCUGCUGCAGCCUGCGCCUGGUUGGCUAUAAACUCGUUCAUGCACUUGCAUCUGCCACUUCACUUCCCUCCUUCCUCCCUCCUAACGCCCCCCAGACUGCCUGCUCGUUUGACCACUGUUCCCCACCCUGCCUUCGUUCCCCUGCUGGCUAUAUGCUCAUUUGUCCGCUCUCCUCCCUCCCCUCCCGCCGCUGCUGGUGCGUCGGCUCGUCUGCUGGCUGGGUCAGAUUGCCCCAUUGCUCCGUUUCCCUCCCUCUCACCAUCCCACUGUCCCUCGAUUUCCAGGUUAUCUGCUAAUACGCCCGCUCUCCUCCCUCCCCUCCCGCCGCUGCUGGUGCAUCGGCUCGUCUGCUCACUCUGA